AAGUUAGAUCUGAGAACUACGCACACAAACGCAGAAUAUCAGCAGCAAGGAUGCAAGCUUUAGGGUUUUUCAACCAAUACGAUAAGGUGAUGCAUCUUCACAGUGAAAGAACUGAAUGGACCUUACGUGUUCGGGCUCAGUCUAUCUGGAAAUCCAUAAACAGACAGACCCAGGAAUUUCGUGGCUUAAAUGUCAUCUUCAUUGAUGAAGAGAACUCGAGGAUCCACGCAUUUGUAAGUUCCAAAAUCAGUGUUUUCUUUGCUGACAAUCUUAAAGAAGGGGGCAUCUACACCUUAUCAAACUUUCAUGUAAGGGACUAUGGUGUUGAUGAACAGAGUAGGGCUGUUAGAUUUGGAAAGCAUAUAUAUUUUUCAAAUCAAACUGAAUUGGUUCAAGAAGUUGAGAAUAGUACAAACAUAGCACCUUAUGCUUUUGAUUUGUUUGGACUACACGAGUCGCACGGUUUGCUUAUUGAUAAUCGCUUCUUGAUUGACGUUGUUUCUGUCCUGGAAGACAAGAACAUUCAACUGGUACAAAGUAAAGAUGAUGAGAAAAAAUUCCACAUUCGCUUUAAGAUUACUGAUGGCAGGUCCUCUAUGAAUGUGACAUUUUUUGGUGAUUUGGCUGUUGAGUUUGAGAAGUCUGUCAAAGAAACUAAGGAGAGUAACAUUGCUAUAAUUAUUGCCAGUGCAAAAGUAAAUCAACAUGAAGGGGUAAUAUGCUUGAACAACUACCCAGCUACACGUUUUUACAUAAAUCCACACCAUCACAGUGUGAAAAAACUACAUGAAAGGAUGCUUGAUCCUGCCUACUGUGUGAAACCUGAAGAGCAUGUUCCAGAGACAACUCCGCCAUUGUUUUCAGUUGAAGACAUAAAGAAUUUAACCAAAGAUUUCAUUGAGAGGAAAGUUAGGUGCCAAAUAACUGUCAAAAGGGUUGAUGAAAAGUCUAAUUGGUACGACAACGUUUGUACUACGUGCGGAUAUGAGGUAACCAUAGUUGAAGGAAGGUAUCGAUGUGUCGUGUGCUCUAGGAAUGUCCCCUUCCCAGACAAAAGGUUCAGGCUUGGGACACUUUGUAAUGAUGCUACUGGGCUUAUUGCUAUUGUUUUCCCUGAUGAUGAGAUACAACGCAUCACUGGAAAGAAUGCUUUUGAUAUAGAGGAAGAGCUUGCAGAUGAGAAGAUUUUCCCCCCUGUCCUCAAGGAUUUUGAAAAAAAGGAAUAUGUCAUCACAUUAAUUAUUGGGGAAAGGAAUGUUAGCAAAAUCAGCAAUAUCUACAAUGCUACUGAUAUAGCUGAUCCUGUUGAAGUUCUUGGUAAUCAUAGCCCAGCAGAAGCUGAAGAUGUUAAGCUCACUGAUGAUAUUCCUCCAAUGGAAACUCCAUGCACUAAGACAGCUCCUAAAGGUAGCCCAACUACAGCAGCAUCAACCAACAAAGUCAGAAGUCGAGAUAAGAAGACUGAUAUUUCAUAUGCACUAGAGGACAAUGUUCCUAUUGGGAAAUGCAAAAUCCCUAAAACUGACAAGGCAUGAUGCUUUAGGUAGUCCCAGCUUUGCAGAGAAGGAUCUCUUUUUGGAAACUUACAUACAGGAGGCUUCUAUAGCUUAUUUUGUUCUUAUCUGCUAUGGUCAUUUCUGACAAUGAAACCUGUUCAAAACUUUUAGUAUCUAUUUUGAUGAAUGUUGACUUGAAGCAUUGGA